AUGUCGUCCGUGGUGGGAUACUUAGCUUCAUCAUCGUCGUCGUCCCCGGAAGGCCAUGAUGAAGGCAACAACGAACGGCUCGAUUUCGUUCGUCCCACGAAUUCCGACUUGUCACUAAAUCCCGGCGAGACAUUUAUCCGAGCAGCCGUGUCCCUCAAGGACCAGGUAGUGAAGGCCACGUGGGAAGGAGAGCGGAGCUCCGGGAUGGGGUUGGAUCCGACUGUGUAUACGGGUCUGCUCGGCACGGCGUUCACGUGCCUGAGGUCGUACGAGGCCACCGGAAACCGACAGGACUUGCUACUGUGCGCCGAGAUCGCCGACAACUGCGCGGCCGUCGCACGUGUCUCCGCCAGGCACGUGACAUUUUUGUGUGGUAGAGGAGGAGUUUACGCUCUUGGAGCUGUUGUGGCUAAUUUGGUUGGGGACCAUCAAAGACUUGACUUGUAUUUGAACCUCUUCCUUGAGGUAGCAAAAGAGAAGGCCCUAUCUGUUGGGCCAGAGGAAGGUGGUUUUGGAAUGUCAUAUGAUCUUCUUUAUGGGAGAGCUGGGUUUCUAUGGGCAGCUUUGUUCAUAAACAAGCACCUUGGACAAGAGAAUGUGCCCAGUGAACUUCUGAUGCCCAUCGUCAAUGCCGUGUUAGCUGGAGGAAGGGCAGGAGCAUCUGAUAACCCUUCAUGCCCACUUAUGUACAGAUGGCAUGGAACAAGGUACUUGGGCGCAGCAAAUGGUCUGGCUGGAAUUUUGCAAGUGCUACUUCACUUCCCUCUUUCAGAAGAGGAUGCAGAAGAUGUGAAAGGAACUCUUAGGUAUAUGAUGGCUAAUCGGUUUCCUCACAGUGGAAAUUACCCCUCAAGCGAAGGAAACCCAAGAGAUAAGUUUGUGCAGUGGUCUCAUGGUGCAGCCGGCAUGGCCAUCACCUUGUGCAAGGCAUCACAGGUUUUUCCAGGAGAUAGGGACUUUCGUGAUGCGGCAAUAGAAGCUGGAGAAGUGGUGUGGAAGAAUGGUUUGCUGAAGAAGGUAGGCCUUGCUGAUGGUGUGGCUGGGAAUGCCUAUGCCUUUCUUUCUCUUUAUCGUCUAACCGGAGAGAGCAUAUACGAAGAGAGAGCAAAGGCAUUUGCAAGCUUCUUGUAUCAUAAUGCAAGACAACUUGUGACUGCGGGGCAGACUACACAUGCAGCCGAACAUGCCUAUUCCCUUUUUCAAGGACUUGCUGGAACUGCUUGCCUCUGGUUUGACGUGCAUGUUCUUGAAAACUCGAGGUUCCCAGGUUAUGAACUGUAGGCAACGGAGCAAGUUAAAUUCAAAUCUAGUUAUGAGAUCAUUAUAUAUAUGAACCUAUAUUUCUACCCUAACAAUGUAUAUAUUGAGACGUUGUUAAUGAUAUCGUUGGUCCCAAAAUUCGCAUAA